UCUCCAUCACUUUUCAGUUGCAAGAUGAAUGAACUUAUUUUGGUGUCAAGGAAAAACGCGGCAAGUUCUUGCAGUUUUCGUCUUAUUAUGUCCAUUAUGCUGCAUAAUUUGUUACGUUUUGCCGAAAGCAACCGCUUUCUACAUCCUCUGUAAUCACGAAAUUUGGUUAAUAAAUUAACACGAUGACAGAAAGUGAAACAAAACAGGCUUGCUUAAAAUUUAUAAAAAAACUUAGGACAAAAGGUAUGUUUGUCACAGAGUUUGACAUAUCUUUUAAUAUAUUACAAGAAGAAGCUGCCACAAGAGGAUUAGAUGAUGAUGUUCUUGUUGAGCUCGCAGAUGUUAUUAUACAUCAAAAUUUAAGUAUAAGUAGACGGAUAUCUUUAAUAAAGUGCCUAAUCCCAAGGUAUAUGCUACCUGAAAAAGUAGCUAGAUCCAUAAUUACAUGGUGUCUUUCUUCAUUGAAUGAAUUACCAAUUUCUGUUUCUGUAAUUGUUAUACAAUGGAUUAUAGGUUUAUGGGACUAUGAAUUAGUAGAUAGGAAAGUAAUCAACAUAUAUUACGAUAUCUUUUUCUAUGCAAUGCUCAAGAAACAAAGAUUGGAACGUCACAUAGCACGUCUUAUCUAUGUAUUAACAAAACCAGAAGAUGUUUCUCGCAGAGAUGUUUCAAGAUUAUUAGCUCUUCAAAAAAGUUAUUCCAAGCAUCCUAAACAUGUUACUGCAUUACUUUCUUUAUUUAAAUCAUAUAAGCCAGAAUUGGUGCCUGAGAAAAUUGAGUCAAUGAAUAUAGAAAGUGUGUGGAAACCGAUACCUGAGAUGUUACGAUUGUCAUUGGAAGACGCUAAAGAUCGUGCGAAUAUCGGACAAUGGCGUGAAAACGUUCAAACUUAUUUUGAGUGGAAUACAAUGCAGGACAGGAAAGAUCGUAAGAAGAAACAAGUGCUCUUACCAUCUGUUGGAUACUUUCAUAUUGGUUCAAGUAUUUUCAGAGAUAAAGAUGCAAAGUCAAUUUUUGAUGUAAGCAGCAUAGAAGAAUUGGGAAAAUAUCAACAGAGUGUUGAGUUACCUUGCAAUGCUGUUUCACUUUUAUCAAAUAUGGCUGGUUACCAUCUUCUUACAUUUGCAAACUUUCAGUAUCAAAGCAGAUUCUCUUACAACCUUUAUAAUACACUUACAAGAGCAUUUAUACUUGAGAAUGGAAAGUUUUCCAAUGAGGAAAUGGAUAAAUUGCUUACUAUGACAGCUGAGUUCUCUCGAUACAUGCAAGAAGGGAUACUUGUAAUUAAAAUAUUCUUUGAUGAAUAUCUGUAUUACAAUACAGGAGAAUAUCUGCUGAAAUUAUUGGACUUGUUACAGUGGAUGACUAUUGUAUCCACUGCUGAAUUGCGAGAAAAUAUUCUGGUGCAUGUACAAAAUAUAUUUUAUGAAUCAAAUUUAAAUAUGAAAUGUGAAAUUAUUCAAUCUUUACGGAAACUAAUUAUAAAUUUGUUCGUUAGACAAGGUCUUGGAGAACAAAUUACAUCAUCUUUUUUACAACAAGGCCCACUAGAAAAUUUAGCUGAUAUUAUAUCCGUCAUUAUAGCAGUUUCGAAAAAUCUUAUUGUUGAUGGGUUGAACAUACACAAUUACAACAUUUUAUUAUUAUUGGAAGCUUUGACAUUUUACGAAGAAAUUUGCACAUUGGAAAGCCGCAGUCGGAUACCAUCUUGGACACUGCCACCGUCAGCGGUUAUUUAUGGAGCAUUUGUUACAAAAAAUUGCGCUAUUUUGUCAAGGCUUUGCAGAUUGUUGUUAAGAUAUCGCGAUAUGAGUCCGCGAUUACGUCACAUGUUACCAUCGGACAUAUAUCAAGAGAAGAUUUACAUUAUAUCUGUUUAUGCAAAAGAUAUUCAUAAAGCGUUAUGGUAUAACGAGCCUUUCAGUGCCCGUGAGAAUGGUGACUUUUUGAGAGGUCUUUCAAAGAAAGUAAUUGACGAUUUAGCAGAUUGUGAUUUAGACUCUUUACUGAGUAUUAGCAAUCAUUACGCUAUAUUAUCGUACAAGUAUACGUUGAGUAAAAUGGGUCUGGAUAUAAAUACAAAAGAGGAUACUAUGGCUAUGGCCUUAUAUUACUUUCCCGCAGUAAAUGAGUUCCUUGCUGCGUUUCAUGAGUGACACUUCAAUGUUGUGAUAUGUACGCGCGUACAUGCAUAUAUACACUCAUAUACACAUCAUUGAAUAAGCAUACAUUGCGAUGAAGGUGAAAAAGAGUGUGCUAUUUACAUUUGAAUAGGUCUAAUAUAUAUAACCAGUUUUACUAUUAUUAAACAGGUAUAUGAAGCAAUUAAAAUAAAUUAUUGAAAUUUUGUACAGAAAUUUGCCUUAUUGUGUUAUUCAUGAUUAUAUCAGAUUGGAAGGUUACAAUAAUUUUAAUUUUUAAGAAAUAAUAUUUUUCUCUUUUUGUAUAUUUAUUUGUAAUGACAAAACCACUGUUAUAUUUAUAUUAAUCUAAUGCAUGUUUGAUAAAAAUUUGUGUAAUAAGCUGCACUCUCUUUUCUUCCUUUUAUAAACAAAGAUAAUCUUUAUCAAUUCAAAACAUAAUAUAAGAACCAAAAUACAUAUGUUAUUUUCCAUGUAACAAUAAUUUAUAUUAUUACAUUGGAGUCUUUUAAUUAUUAUUCUAAACGAGAGAGAUAUUUAGCUUAUAUCAAUAAUCAGGCAAAAAUGAACGCUUAUAAUACUUAAAUUAAAGCUACACGUUUUUAAUUUUUAUAAUCUAUCCAUAAUGAAACCUUAUGAACUAUCAGAAGUAUUAAAAACUAACGUUCUGGUUUCAUUUAAUUCAGUAUUAACUAUUUCGCAAGUACAAAUUUAAUGGAUCGUGUGUGUGUCUGUUUUAUUGUGUGACAUUUUAAUUGUAGUUGAUUGUAAUGUACGUUAACAUAAACACAAAAAUUCAUUAAGUGUACGAAGAACAUUAAAGAAAAUAUUAUUAGUAAAUAUGAGGCUUAAAUCAGUUGUAUAAUAUAAUGUAUUAUAUCAAAAUAUACAAUUUAGAAAUAAAUGAAUGAGAAAAAUAAAAUUGAUUAAAGAAUCGAGAGCGUAACCGCUCUGUAUAAAUGUUAGAAAGACUUAUUUGCAAUGCCUAUGAAAGUCUUUGAUUUCGUGAAGGGAUUUUAGUUUUUUUUUUUGCAAAUACGGGUAAAUAAACAUUAUAAGAGCAGAGAAAACUACACACACCGAUAUGUCAUAUCUUUAUUAAGUGUUAAUAUAAAAAUAAAAGUUAAAUGUAGCAAAUGGGAACAGUAAAUGUGCUCCUACAAUAAUCUCGGAAAUUAAAUAUAUCUCGGAAAUAUAAUAUAUACGAUAGAAUUUAUUUUGCUAUUAUACCUGCAUUUGACAAUAUGUUUUAUUAUUCAACUUCUUCGAUUUUUUUUCUUUUUUAUAUACCUAUAUAUUCAACUUUUACAAUUAAUAACGCAAAGAGUAGCUCUAUGAUGUAAACAAAAUAUACUAGUCCGUGUCACAUACUCAUUAGUGAAUCAUGCCUUACAGUUUCGAGUUGGAUACACUAAGGGCAGUGACUUUUUAGCCUUAAACAGUAAACGAUUUGUUCAGUGUAAAAACAACAUAUAUAUACACGUUAUGAAAAUUAUGAAACACUGCUUUCAGCUAAUUUUAACAAACGAAUUAUGUUAUAUGGCACGAACAGAUUAAUCCUCAUUGAAAUAUAUUUGUAAAAUAUCGGCCAUAACUUAUUGUGUGUAUUCUCUUGUACAUAAUGUAAGGUAAGAUACUUAUGUGGUAUUCGUAUAUUAUCUUAUCUUCCGUUUUCUAUAUUAUUAAUGAACGAAUAAUGUAAAUUUCUAGUGAUUUUUGUAUGCGUAUUUUUUAUGAACCACUAAUGUAUUGCUUUUUCUCAGCUAAGUCGCAAAAACGGAAGGUCCAGUUUGGUAUGAGCGUGCAAGUUAGUCGUAAAGUAUAUAGAAAACAGUACGUUUUACGCUGCACCUUCAGUUCAAUAUGCUUUGCACGAUAUUCGACACAUAUGCUCAAAAAAAAAAAA